CGAGGCGAGCCCCGCGCGAGUGCACUGCGAGGCGGGCCGCAGGGAGGGAGGCGCGAAGAGGGCGCGAGGGUGGCAGCCGGAGGGAGCUGCCGCCCCUGCCCUCCCGGGUCCCCGUGGGGUGCAUGGGGCGCUUCGAGCCGGGAUCCCACGCGGGCCCCGCGCCCAGCUUCCUGCUGCCGUGAGAAGCCGCGCCGGGACGCCCCCAGACCCAGAGCUGCCGGGAGGAUGACCAUGGCCGGGGGCAGGAAGGGACUGGUGGCCCCCCAAAACACAUUUCUGGAGAAUAUUGUCCGGCGGUCCAAUGAUACUAAUUUUGUGUUGGGGAAUGCCCAGAUAGUGGACUGGCCUAUCGUGUACAGCAAUGAUGGAUUUUGCAAGCUGUCUGGCUAUCACAGGGCGGAAGUGAUGCAAAAAAGCAGUACCUGCAGUUUUAUGUAUGGGGAGCUGACGGAUAAAGACACCAUUGAAAAGGUGCGGCAGACAUUUGAGAACUAUGAGAUGAAUUCCUUUGAAAUCUUGAUGUACAAGAAGAACAGGACACCUGUGUGGUUCUUUGUGAAAAUUGCUCCAAUUCGAAAUGAACAGGACAAAGUGGUUUUAUUUCUUUGCACUUUUAGUGACAUAACAGCUUUCAAACAGCCGAUUGAGGAUGACUCAUGUAAAGGCUGGGGGAAGUUUGCUCGGCUGACCAGAGCACUGACAAGCAGCAGGGGCGUCCUGCAACAGCUGGCUCCCAGCGUACAAAAAGGCGAGAACGUCCACAAGCACUCCCGCCUGGCCGAGGUUCUGCAGCUGGGCUCAGACAUCCUUCCCCAAUACAAGCAAGAGGCACCAAAGACUCCCCCUCACAUCAUCUUACAUUACUGUGUUUUUAAGACCACGUGGGAUUGGAUUAUCUUGAUCUUAACCUUCUACACAGCCAUCUUGGUCCCUUACAAUGUCUCCUUUAAGACCAGACAGAACAACGUGGCCUGGCUGGUUGUGGAUAGCAUCGUGGACGUCAUCUUUUUGGUGGACAUUGUGCUGAAUUUUCAUACCACCUUUGUUGGACCAGCUGGGGAGGUGAUUUCUGACCCCAAACUCAUCCGCAUGAACUACCUGAAGACGUGGUUUGUGAUUGACCUUCUGUCCUGUUUGCCAUAUGAUGUCAUCAACGCUUUUGAGAACGUGGAUGAGGGCAUCAGCAGUCUGUUCAGCUCUCUGAAAGUUGUCCGGCUGCUCCGUCUGGGGCGGGUGGCCCGGAAGCUGGACCACUACAUCGAAUACGGAGCUGCCGUGCUGGUCCUGCUGGUGUGUGUGUUCGGGCUGGCUGCUCACUGGAUGGCCUGCAUUUGGUACAGCAUCGGGGACUAUGAGAUCUUUGACGAGGACACCAAGACCAUCCGCAACAACAGCUGGCUCUACCAGCUGGCGAUGGACAUUGGCACCCCUUACCAGUUUAAUGGGUCCGGCUCAGGGAAGUGGGAAGGUGGUCCCAGCAAGAAUUCCGUCUACAUCUCCUCGUUGUAUUUCACCAUGACCAGCCUCACCAGCGUGGGCUUUGGGAACAUCGCUCCAUCCACGGACAUUGAGAAGAUCUUUGCAGUGGCCAUCAUGAUGAUUGGCUCACUUCUCUAUGCCACCAUCUUCGGGAAUGUGACGACCAUUUUCCAACAGAUGUACGCCAACACCAACAGGUACCAUGAGAUGCUCAACAGCGUUCGGGACUUCCUGAAGCUCUACCAGGUGCCCAAGGGACUGAGCGAGCGAGUCAUGGAUUACAUCGUGUCCACCUGGUCCAUGUCCAGAGGCAUCGACACAGAGAAGGUCCUGCAGAUCUGCCCCAAGGACAUGAGAGCUGACAUCUGCGUGCACCUGAACCGCAAGGUCUUCAAGGAGCACCCGGCCUUCCGGCUGGCCAGCGACGGCUGCCUGCGGGCCCUGGCCAUGGAGUUCCAGACGGUUCACUGCGCCCCAGGGGACCUCAUCUACCACGCAGGGGAGAGCGUCGACAGCCUCUGCUUUGUGGUCUCCGGCUCUCUGGAGGUGAUCCAGGAUGACGAGGUGGUGGCCAUUCUAGGGAAAGGAGACGUGUUUGGAGAUGUGUUCUGGAAGGAAGCCACCCUUGCCCAGUCCUGUGCCAACGUGCGGGCCUUGACCUACUGCGACCUGCAUGUGAUCAAACGGGACGCCCUGCAGAAAGUGCUGGAAUUCUACACCGCCUUCUCCCAUUCCUUCUCCCGGAACCUCAUUCUCACCUACAACUUGAGGAAGAGGAUCGUGUUCCGGAAGAUCAGCGACGUGAAACGGGAGGAGGAAGAGCGCAUGAAACGGAAGAACGAGGCCCCCCUGAUCUUGCCGCCCGACCACCCCGUCCGGCGGCUUUUCCAGAGGUUCCGACAGCAGAAGGAGGCCAGGCUGGCCGCAGAGAGGGGAGGCCGGGACCCGGACGACCUGGACGUGGAGAAGGGCAGCAUCCUCACCGAGCACAGCAACCAUGGCCUGGUGAAGGCCAGUGUCAUCACCGUCCGCGAGAGCCCCGCCACACCUGUGGCCUUCCCAGCGGCCGCCGCCUCCGUGGGGCUGGACCAGGCCCGGCUGCAGGCGCCCGAGGCCGAGGGCCCCAAGGCCGGCGGGGGCGACUGUGCCAAGCGCAAGGGCUGGGCCCGCUUCAAGGACGCCUGCGGCAAGGCGGAGGACUGGAGCAAGGUGUCCAAGGCCGAGUCCAUGGAGACGCUCCCCGAGAGGACGAAGGCGGCCGGUGAGGCCACGCUCAAGAAGACAGACUCGUGUGACAGCGGCAUCACCAAGAGCGACCUGCGUCUGGACAACGCGGGCGAGGCCCGCAGCCCCCAGGACCACAGCCCCAUCUUGGCGGAGGUCAAGCAUUCCUUCUACCCCAUCCCCGAGCAGACGCUGCAGGCCACCGUCCUGGAGGUGAAACACGAGCUCAAGGAGGACAUCAAGGCCCUGAACAGCAAAAUGACGAACAUUGAGAAACAGCUCUCCGAGAUACUCAGGAUACUAACUUCCCGCAGAGCCUCCCAGUCUCCUCAGGAGCUGUUUGAAAUCUCCAGGCCUCAGUCCCCAGAAUCAGAGAGAGACAUUUUUGGAGCCAGCUGAGAGGUCUGUUGGGGGAGGAAAAAAAAAAGUCAAAGAGGAGAAAACCUACCAUCCUGCCCUGGACACCGCCCCCACCACACACAGCUACAUGACCAACAACUUUGCAAGUAGGCUCUUCCCGACAGAAAAGCCCAGGGGGACCCGUCGCUGAAGCCCGCUCACUCCUCUCUCUCUGGGGAAAGAUCCGGGAAGAGGAGUGUGUGCCACCCCGCAAGAUGGCAGCUGCAUCUGAACUGUCUCUGCACAAUUUUGGAAGAGGGGGCAUGCCAUCUAAAGGGUAUUUUCCUUCAUUUUUAAUUUUUUACUGCCAUGAUAUUUGUAAAAGAUAGAAACUACCAGAAAAGAACAGCAGCCCCUUGGGGAGUGGUGGGAGAGCACCGAGAACCUGUACCAGGCUGGGCUCCUCCGCCAAGACCCCCGAAGACUGUGGUGGGCACAGGGAGUGCGCAGCAUUCCCUGUCCUUGGACAUCACCAGGUAUUUGCCUACAGUAUGUGUAACAAGCUCGGGACAAGGGGACUCUGUCCCUAAUGGUUCAGGCCGAGAACCAGCUGAAGUGCUUGUGGCGCCUCCUCUAGGCACUUAGAGCCGGGAAUCUUCAGGUCGCCUUUCCCAAAAGAGAUGGGCCGAGUGUAAGAGCUGGAGAGGGGCCGUGGGGACCCAGAGAUUCUCCUAUGGGAGAGCCGCAGGUGAGGGCCCCCGAGGCCCCAGGUGAAUCUCGGCCUGACUCCACGCCACUAGCCUCACCACGCAGGCUCCUUUGCUUCUUUCCGUGUCAACCUCUUCCCAAGUGUUCCUGUGGCAUUCCUCAGGGUAUGGAGCAUUGGCAGGAAGGGUGAUGAGCCCAGAUUUGCUUUAUUAGCAAACCAGACACACACGUAACCUCAGAAAAAUGAUUGUAGUAAGCACUGUUUAUAUUAUGAUUCUCACUGGGAUUGCCCUACAGAAGUUUGUAUUUUGUCCGCUGCAUGGGUUCACAUAGGACACUCGGGUGCCAUGCUUGGCCUUAUUUUAAAGCUAAUCUCUUAAGACUUCAAGAGAAACCGAAGAAUGCAGGGCCGCGACUGAACUUACUUCAGGAAC